GGGGAGCCAGGGCUGAGUGCCGGGCUUGGGGCGCCCCCUCGCCCCCGGCUGCUGCGCCGUUAGCUUCGGGGCGGGAAGGAAGGGCCGGGGAGAAAAGAGGAGGAGGAGGAGGAGGAGGAGAAGGAGGAAGAGAAAGGAGCGGGGGAGGGGGAAGAAGGAGGAGGAGGAGGAGGAAGGAGCCGGAGGAGGGAGCCGGGGCGCCAGAGGGCCGCGCGCUCUCCAUCGCUCCUACCCCAGUCCCCGCUGCUGCCGCGGGUCCCGGGGCUUCGCCAGCUCUGCGCCGCAGCCCGCACUAUGCAUGCAGACUGCAGGCCGGGAUGGAGAGCCGGGGGAUGGUGAGAACCCAGCGCAGCCUAUCGUCGCUUCCCCCGGUCCGGACCCCGGCCUGGGCGGCCGCCUUCCUCCUCUCCCCCUCUCCCUCCUCCUCCUCCUCCUCCUCCUCCUCCUCCUCUUCUUCUCUUUCCACCCCCCUCUUUCUCCUCCUCGUACUUCUGCUGCUGCUGGAAGACACCGGAGCCCAACUAGGUGAUGGAUGUGGACACACUGUAUUAGGUCCUGAAAGUGGAACUCUUACAUCAAUAAACUACCCACAUACCUAUCCUAACAGCACGGUUUGUGAGUGGGAGAUCCGUGUGAAGGCAGGGGAGAGAGUGCACAUCAAAUUUGGUGACUUUGACAUAGAAGAUUCAGAUUCUUGUCACUUUAAUUAUUUGAGAGUUUACAACGGAAUUGGACUCAACAGGACUGAGAUAGGCAAAUAUUGUGGUCUGGGGCUGCAACUGAACCAUUCGAUUGAAUCAAAAAGCAAUGAAAUGACAGUGCUAUUCAUGAGUGGAACCCAUGUUUCUGGACGUGGAUUUUUGGCCUCCUAUUCGAUUACGGAUAAACCAGAUCUAAUUACUUGUUUAGAUACUGCAACUAAUUUUUUGGAGCCUGAGUUCAGUAAGUACUGUCCAGCAGGCUGCCUGGUUCCUUAUUUUGAGAUUUCUGGAACUAUUCCUCAUGGAUAUAGAGAUUCAUCUUCACUUUGCAUGGCUGGUAUACAUGCAGGAGUUGUGUCAAAUAAUUUGGGUGGCCAGAUCAGUGUUGUAAUCAGCAAAGGUAUACCAUACUAUGAAAGUUCUUUGGCUAAUAACGUCACAUCUGUAGUGGGACAGUUGUCUGCAAGUCUGUUUACCUUUAAAACCAGUGGCUGUUAUGGAACACUGGGGAUGGAAUCUGGAGUUAUCCCUGAUUUUCAGAUCACAGCAUCAUCUGUGUGGACUGACUACCCAGGGCAGCAGAAUAGUUGGAAACCUGAAAAGGCUAGACUGAAAAAACCCGGGCCCCCUUGGGCUGCUGGUGAAACGAAUAAAUACCAGUGGUUACAAAUAGAUAUGAAUAAGGAAAAGAAAAUAACAGGCAUUAUAACCACUGGAUCAACCAUGAUAGAGCACAACUACUAUGUGUCUGCCUAUAGAAUUCUAUAUAGUGAUGAUGCACAGAAAUGGACAGUGUAUAGAGAACCUGGUAUUGAACAGGAUAAGAUAUUUCAAGGAAACACAGAUUACCACCAGGAUGUACGUAAUAACUUCAUCCCACCCAUUACAGCACGUUUUGUUAGAAUUAAUCCCAUACAAUGGCAGCAGAAAAUUGCAAUGAAAGUGGAGUUGCUUGGAUGUCAGUUUAUUCCUAUAGGUCGUGCUCCAAAAUUAACUCAGCCACCAUUUCCCCGGAGCAGCAAUGACAUAAGAAACACAACAGUCACUUCACAUGUAGCCAAAGGUCGUGCUCCAAAAUUCAAUCGACCACCACCACCUCGGCAUGGCAUUAACUUUCCUCUGCAGACUGAUCAAACAACAGUGACCCCAGAUAUCAAAAACACUACAGUAACUCCAAAUUUAACCAAAGAUGUAGCAUUGGCUGCUGUCCUGGUCCCUGUUCUGGUCAUGGUUGUCACUACCCUUAUCCUCAUCUUAGUUUGUGGUUGGCAUUGGAGAAACAGAAAGAAAAAAACAGAAGGAACAUAUGACUUACCUUAUUGGGACCGUGCAGGUUGGUGGAAAGGAAUGAAGCAGUUUUUCCCAGCCAAAUCACUAGAACAUGAGGAAACUCCUGUUCGUUAUGGCAGCAGUGAAGUUAGCCACUUGAGACCAAGAGAAGUAACAUCUGUGUUACAGACUGAAACUGCAGAGUAUGCUCAGCCAUUGGUGGGAGGAAUCGUUGGUACGCUUCAUCAGAGAUCAACCUUUAAACCAGAGGAAGGAAAAGAAGCAGGCUAUGCCGACCUCGAUCCUUAUAAUUCUCCGGUGCAAGAAGUUUAUCAUGCAUAUGCGGAACCACUGCCUAUUACUGGGCCAGAAUACGCCACACCAAUAAUCAUGGAUAUGUCAGGCCACCCCACCGCCUCGGGUGGGGCACCCUCUACAUCCACCUUCAAGGCUACAGGGAACAAAGCACCUGCUUUAGUGGAAACCUACAAUAAACUCUCUCGGACUGACAGCUGCCCUCUGACAUGUGCAGAGUACGACACUCCCAAAGGAGGGAAACCAGGACUAAGUGCCCCCGAUGAAAUGAUGUACCAGGUACCCCAGGGCACACUCCACACAGCUGGAAGCAAAGGGGAAGUAUCCGGAGCAGGGAGGGAAGGAGAAGAGGACAGUUUUAAGGAAAUCCUUUGAAGGGGAUGCCACUUUUCCCAAAGCAUCAUUUUUAAAGCACAUUGAAUUUUUUUGUACUAGUCAUGGUAAUAUAUGAAAAAGUCUAUCAAUACCUAUCACUGAAAUGAUUGAGGGAAAAUAUUAUUACUGAGGUACAGGAAACUACUAAUCUGGCUGUUCUGCUUUGAAGAUAUACACCACACAAUUGUUGACGCUUCCCUACUCAUGAUUUAAUAUCCUGUUUUGUUACUACUGUAAAAUGCUAUAUUCUUUAAGUCAUAAGAGAGCACCUCAGAUGCACUUCAAAGAAUUUGAAAAAAUCACUGAGAUGAAAUAUUUAUUACUGAUGCUGCAGGUACAUUGAUGAACUUAAAGUAAUGGCUCUGUAAGCCUUACUAGCAAUAAAUGCUAAUGGUACUGUUCUAGUAAAUGGCUUGAAGUUCUUAAGAUCUACAUGCGAAGGUGGAAACUGUCCUGAUUUAUCUCCUCUCUGGUUCCCAUGUUAUCGUUUAUGUUUUUAAAGUUGAGAAUCCUGUAAUAACAAUGAAUUGCUUUUAGUAACUGUCCUAUAGAUCUAAAUCUUGAGUGAGAUAAAAAAUCUACAGCUUUAAAAGCUUUGAAUGGUAGAUGACAUAAUUUAUGCUCCUUGCUGAUUUCUUCCAAAGUCUGCACUCAGCCUCCUCUUAAUUUGGCCCAAAGCCAUGGCCAUCAGUGUUCUUAGGGGCUUUGUUCUGAGCAUCCUCAGUGGGUUCUGCUUGGGCAGCCUAGUGAGUGGAGAUUCUCUGUGGCUCAACAGCCACUUUACAGCUGAGAAAAGUUAUGCAGCAGGUUUUCCCCCCGACUCAUGUGUUCAGUGGUAGCAAAGGAUUUAUAAAUGAACCUGUGUGACUUGUCAAAAGGUUGUGAAGGGAAAGUUAAUGGGACCCAACUGAUGUUUGUCAUCAGAAUGAAAUACAUCAGCACAAACCACAACUCAGAAUACAUUUUAAUUGCAUAAAAAUGUGUAUUUUUUUUUAUUUUGGCAGUGAUUCUAAACUUUAUUUUUUAAAUGGUAGAAUAUGACAUUCUAUAGCAGAUAACAAAUGCAACAUUUUUUCCAGUCCCUUUCUUGUCCUGCUGCAAUGUGAAGGGAAGAUUAAUGACACCUUAUCAUGGGAGACAUGGGGUGUCCCAAAGGUCUGAGUACAGUUUUAAGCAAUUUACUAUCUUAAAAUAGUUUAGGACUGCAACUCAGACCUUUUGGACAGCUAAGUCAAUGUGUAUAUCAGUUGAUAUAGAACUGUGUGUCACAUCUAAUCAAAUGGAACUUUAUCUGAAUUGAUAUUUAUUGACAGUGUUCCCACCCCCCCAUUGUAGCUCAUUUUCUUUGAAACCAAGGCUUACACUGGGGAAAAUCAGAAGUCAUCUUUAUAUUUUAUUUCUGACCUAGAUGAGGAGAAAACUUUCCAAAGUUUUUAUUCUUUUGACCAGCUGAAUGGCUUGGUAGAAGUAGAAAAGGUACCAUCUCUGUCUCUUUUGUGUGAGCCCAGUUCUUUGAUUCAGCUUUUGGAUUUAAAAGAUGUUGGUUUUACCUUGUCUGAGUCAUCAUGUUCUUACCAGCGUAAAUUGACUAGUGAAGUUGCACAGUAUUUUAUUUUAUUUUAUUUUUUGUUUUGUACAAUUCCAGAUAUUUAAGCGAUAGUAUUAUGGAUGCUACAGAUUUUGUUUUUAAGACAGCAUGGCAUAGUGGAUAGUGAGUAGUGAUUCCUUGAAAUCAGGAAGGCCUGGGUUUUAGUCCUGCCUCUGACAUUAGCCAUGUGACCUGGGUAAGUCACUUAACAUUUAAGUUACAGUUCCCUGGUUACAGCCAGUGCUAACACUUUAAGGUACAAAAGGAUUUCCAUCUCAUUGGUCCCAGAGAGUUUCCUUACCAACAAGUUCCCUGCUUAUACAGAUGAAAUCAUAGGUCCACACCAAAAGAAAGGAUGUUGUAUUUUACUUGUUCUAUAAUUAAAAGUUUACUUUCCAGUGUUAGCUUUACUUAAUUUCAUUUUUAAGUUAUUAUUAUGACAAAAAAAAAACCCAUGAGGCAAAAUUUAUUUAUUUUUAACUUGAGGUACCAAAAUACACCUUGGGCAUAUUUAGAGUAGAAAGUACAGAUGUUAGCAAACAUAAAUAUGAAUAUGGCUAAACAUAACUCAAUUAAGUCAGCCCUUUUCAGGCAGAAAAGAUGAACGUGUCACUACUUAGUCCUUUCUGUCAUGCAUAAGGAGGAGAGAUUCAGUUCUGGAACUGUGCACAUAAUAAAACCUUUUAGGGAUACAUUUUGAACUGUUAAACUUGUUAGUGAUUUUCUUGGUUAUUUUUCCUCAUUGUAAUGAGAUAUACACCUGGGGUUUUUUUUAUUUGUUUUAUUUUCUUUAAAAGCUUUACAGGGAAACAAAUGAACUGUGUUUUUUAUAUGAUAUGGAUUUUAAGACUUGACUUUCAUGUUGAAGAUUUUUUAACAAUUUGAUUCAUGUUUGCCAGUUUGAUGUCCUCAAAAUAACUAUGAGAUGAUUAUCUAAUGUCUCUUUGUUUUGUGGUACAACACUUUUUGCAUUGUGUUUUGGUUAUUUCAAGAGCUGGGUUGAUUCGAUCCAAAACUUUUUGGGGGGAGGAGGGGGGAGGGGACAUAAAUUUUCUGUUAGAUAAUCCAUUUAGGUAAUUUCAUAAUGAAUUUUCCCAACUUUGUAUGUGUGUUGUUGUAUCUACAUCUAUAUCUGGCUCUGAGACAAUCAAACGGCAACCAUUUUUAGCCAGACAACCUUUUGGACUUCUUAUUCAAUACGUUUGGAUUUCUUGUUCAGUAUGUUUAUUUAUAAGUUUUAAAUACUUAAUGUUGUUUUGGUUUGAAUUUGUCACAUUUCUAUGGAGACCAAGACUGUGUGAAUAUGAUAAUAGGCCUAGAAUCUAGUAACUACGAGAAGAGUAAAUGUUUGAUAGAACCACAUUGACUUAGCUGUUACUUGAUCUUUUGAGAACCAGCACAGUGAAAGCCAGAAUUUUGUGAAUUCUACUAUUUAGUGCUAUAAAUCCACAUAGCUCCUAUUCUUUUAUGGAGGGUCUAAUCCAGUUAAGUCCACAUUUCACAAUUUGCACUUUUCAUUUAAAAAUGGGUUAAUUAACUGAUGAAGAAAAUCUUCAAGUAAAGGAUUUGUGACAGAAGUGAAAAAUCCAACACCAGGAUGUGUUGGUGUUUUGGGUUUUCUGAUGGAGGUGAAUGACUCAUUUAAUUAAGAAUUAAGCCUCACAGUCUUGCCCAACCACCCGUUAUCUGGAAACAAAGAAUUGUCUAGAAGGGAGAUGGGACAUUCUGUAAAUGGGUCACCAUUAGAUAAAAUUGAGAGAAUUUGCAAGAUAGUGAAUUAAUUCACUGAAGCAAUGCCUAAAAAAUACCAAGCUAGAUAGUUCUGUCCUUGUCUUUAGUCUGGCCUUAACAUGAAGUCCUAAACUGCAUCAGUCUAAGAAUUAGUAGAUAGCACUGUUAAGGUGGCAUAAUUUUUAGGCCAGCUUUGGCACCGUUUCCUAUUAAUUUUUAUUUGUGCCAAGUUACAUUUUCUCUUUUGACACUGGGAAAAGUGGAAGCAAAAUAUUCAUUGAAAUAUUUUUUGGGGAAUGAGAAUGGUUUGAAGAUCAGUGAUAAUUCUCCCAGAAUGUACUUUUCUUACCUCAGCAUGGACUUGUAGUCACUCUGUAUUUGUAUAUGUUGCUAGAAUUUAGAUUGUAUAAAUAGAAUUCUAUGUGUUCAUGUUUUUAAUAAAUUAUGUACAUACCAUGCUCGUUA